AUGUCCAUUGCCACAGCUGAGACGAUGCCCCGACAAGCUGCCUCGAGCCAUGUUGGUGCCGAUGUGCCAUUCGGCCCCGUCAUUGCUGUCCUUGUAGUCAUUGUGAUUCUCGGCACCGUAGCCGGGAUUAUCGGGAGGCUUUUCUCAGGUCGUCGUGUUGUUGGCGGUGGUCAGUAUGACGUUGAAGGAUGGGUUGAGAAGAAAUGCUCAUCUUGUUUGGAUGGCAAGGUUGACGACGUUCCACCGUCGAGGCCUCCACGGUCGGCCACGGUGGGAGGUGAUGUUCCUGUGGCAAUGCCAAUUCUGCCGGAGAUAAAAGAAGAACAAGGGCAUUGA